CACAAAGAAAAAUUGUUUGUAGAAUAGUUUUACACAGUUGGUAAAUCAUGUGAAAUUAUUUGAUUUAAAUAUAAUUAUUCAAAAACCUCUGAUUGUAUCUGAAAUAUGAUUGUUUUCAAGUUUUUCGUAAUUUUAUUUCUUUCCGUGAGUAAAAUACAUUCACAAACAGUGUUUACUGAGUUCGUUGUCAAGAUUUUAAAAUGUGACACCCUGUAUGGAGAAAUACUCGGGACAUCUUCUGUUCGAUAUUUUCCGCAAUGCGUUCAGUUGUGCGAGAUAAACGAAUAUUGUCAGUCGAAUCUUUUUAACGAAGUGAACGGUACCUGUCAGGCUAACAGAAAUCUUCUCUCCACAGACAAUGUAACUCAGGAGUGUGGAAAAACACUCAAAUACGCUGAAAGGCGGAACGAUUCUACAACAUCCACGCCGGCCCCGACAACCGCUACGUCUACACUUAGCUCUACGACCACGUCAGCACCGAGCCUUGUCAUUAAGAAAAGCCUUAUAGAGAAAGAAUGUUUUGAUAACAGUGGCUGUCCUGUUAGCGAAAGUUCGUGUAUGAACGGAGUAUGUAGAUGUUCACCAGGCUACAGCUAUGACUGUGAUUGUUUUAUGUGUUGCAAAUUGCGGUGCGUACGGUAACGCUUUCCAGUACUAUCCAAACUCAAUCCUCUCUAACAAUAACGACCGUACGAUUUCAGGUAUAUCCGAAUACCAGUGUACUGAAGAAUGUAUCAACGAAACAGGAUUUGUAUGCCGUUCAUUAGACUUUAUUACAGGAAUAUGCCAUCUGUCAUCUCAAACGGCAUCUUCUAUGCCACAGGCUUAUAUAACUCAUAGUGGGCUUUAUCGACAAAGAGACUGUCUGUGAGCUACUCAUGUUUUGUAUGUUCUCACUAUUACUAUGUAUGUCAUGUAAAUUAUAUGAACCUUACAAAUAUUAACAAAUGUAUGUUUUCAUGAAAUUUUGAGGAAUUAGAGUUUAUUCUACUGUUGACAGUUCCGAGGCAGAAUUUCAUCCUUUUCGUUAAGGAAAAACAUAUACCUUAACAUAAUAUUGCUACUUUUCAAAAUUAUGUUGUUGUUUUUUCGCUUUUAACGAUAUUUUUCGUACCAUCUUCAGUCAUUAAGUUUGAAUGCUAAAAUUGUAGAUUUCAUUUGCUUGUUGUUCAAACGUAAUGAUAUAAAAUGCCAUUCAAUGGAUCAUAAUGUCCCUGUCUUAAUUUUAAAAAAGAAAGCUGGACUUUUCAAGUAUGAAAUAAUUACAUUUAAUUAAUAAUUGUUAUCAACAUGGCUAUUGUAAGGAAUUCCAUUGUAAACGGU